AUGGACGAGAACAGCGCCCCCGACGCCAUCGCGCCCGUCCGCGCCGGCGCGAGGGCCGCACCGGCCGCUCGGCUCGCCGCCUCCCUCCGGAGCUUCGUCCGCGCCUUCACCACCCGCGACGGCCUCCUCGGCACCUACGACUACGCCUUCCUCUUCCGGCCCAACCUGCCUUUCAUGACAAAGUCCAAGUACCGGAGCCCCUUCUUCGGCCUCGACGACAAGAUGCCCGUCGUCCUCGCCCUCCUCCUCGGACUCCAGCACGCCCUCUCCAUGCUGGCGGGCGUCAUCGCGCCGCCCAUCAUCCUCAGCGGCCGCGGCGGCGCCAACCUCGAGUCCGACCAGCAGCAGUACCUCGUCUCGACCGCCCUCAUCGUCUCGGGCAUCUUGUCAUGCGUCCAGAUCCACCGCUUCCGCGUGCCCCGAACAAGGUACUACAUCGGCACCGGCGUCCUCUCCGUCGUCGGCAUCUCCUUCAGCAUCAUCCCCAUCGCCCAGGGCGCCUUCCGUCAGAUGUACGCCAACGGCUACUGCCCCUCCGGCCCCGACGGCGAGCCGCUGCCGUGCCCGCGCGGCUACGGCGCCCUCGUCGGCACCGCCUCCGUCUGCGCCCUCGUCGAGGUCCUCAUCUCCUUCCUGCCACCCCGCGUCCUGCUCCGCCUCUUCCCGCCCAUCGUCACCGGUCCGACCGUCAUGCUCAUUGGCGUCCACCUCAUCGAGAGCGGCUUCAAGGACUGGAUGGGCGGCAGCGGGCCCUGCGCCCACCCGGCCACGGCCGCCGCCGCCUUCGCCAAGUGUCCGUCCAUCCACGCGCCGCACGCGCUGCCGUGGGGCUCCGCCGAGUUCCUCGGCUUGGGCUUCUCCGUCUUCGUCACCAUCAUGCUCUGCGAGCGCUACGGCUCGCCCAUCAUGAAGUCGACCUCGGUCGUCCUCGGUCUCGUCGUCGGCUGCAUCAUCGCCGGCGCCGCCGGCUACUUUGACGGCUCCGGCAUCGCCGCCGCGCCCGUCGCCUCCUUCAUCUGGGUCAAGACGUUUCCCCUCUCCAUCUACGGCCCGCUCGUCAUCCCCAUCAUGGCCGUCUUCGUCAUCUGCGCGACCGAGGCCGUCGGCGACAUCACCGCCACCUGCGACGUCUCAAACCUCGAGAUGCACGGCCCCAACUUCGAGUCCCGCAUCCAGGGCGGCCUGCUGACCGACGGCCUCAACGGCGUCGCCGCCGCCCUCAUGACCAUGACGCCCAUGAGCCGCUUCGCGCAGAACAACGGCGUCAUCGCCCUGACGCGCUGCGCCAACCGCAAGGCUGGCUUCGCCUGCUGCUUCUUCCUCAUCGUCAUGGGCAUCUUCACCAAGCUCGCCGCCGCCCUCGUCGCCAUCCCGAAGCCCGUCCUCGGCGGCAUGACCACCUUCCUCUUCAGCGCCGUCGCCGUCUCCGGCAUGGCCAUCCUCGUCCGCGGCGUCGAGUUCAACCGGAGGACGCGCUUCAUCCUGACGGCCGGCUUGGCCCUCGGGUACGGCGCCACCCUCGUGCCCAACUACUUCGAAGGCGUCUUCACCUACCACGGUGGCAACCAGGCGCUCGCCGGCUUCCUCGGCGCCAUCGUCCUCAUCAUGGAGACCGGUUUCGCCGUCACCGCCGCCGUCUGCAUGGCGCUGAACCUCGCGCUGCCGGAGGACAUGGACGAGGACACGUCCUUUGACGAGACCGAAGUCGCCGCCGAGGUCGUCGCUUCGGCCAAGGAAGUCGAGGAGGAGGGGGAGGAGGAGAGGAGGGAGGUGAGACGGCCGAGCUAG